CUAUUUACAAUUUGGAUGAAAAUCUAUAGAUACAUAGUAAUUCCAAUACGACAGUAUUUUUUAUAAGAGAUAAUAAAAUUUCUCUGGCUAUUUAGUAAUCCUCGUGACAUUCAGCGUUCAAAUCUUAAAAGCAGCGACUACUUGUCUCAUAAAUCUCAUAUUAUCCGAGUUAAUCCACAAAAUAUUUAGUGCCCGCUGCCCUUGUGCCGUGAAGAUCACUGGAUUUUUGCGUGUAUUUUUGUUUGUAUAUAAAAUAAAUGUAGUCUAAUAAUAGGUAAGGACUUUAAUUUAUGAUAUUUUAGUAGUAAAAAUCAAGAAAAAUGACUUCAUCAGUGUUGAGUGAGGACCCAGUGAAGUUGGAAGUGACUAACGAAUCUUUCCAAGCCUGCAGAGUCUGCCUGGCGUGGGAUGUCAAACUGUACAGUAUCCAUGAAUGGGGGCUGAGUGAAGUAUUCAUGGAGAUUAUGGGAACAACAUUAUCUAUGUGGGAUGGGCUGCCACAACACCUGUGCGCGUGGUGCCGCGCGCAGCUGGCGCGGGCGCAGGCGCUGCGCGCGCGCGGCCGCCGCGCCGACGCGCUGCUUAAGCAGGCACUUGUACACCAGCACUUUAUUACAGACACUUUCAUUCGCACCAUUGACCGCUCAAUGCACAGAUUGACAAACACACUCUCUUGUCAUAGAAGUUCAAGAAAUGUGAUCGAAAUUUCUGUCUAUGAUAAAACAUCAUUAGAUGAUGAUAGUAAAAUCGAAUGUAAAGAUAUAAUACAAAAGAAUGACACAGAACAUGACAAGCCAGAACUUUAUUUAAACUGGAAUGAUGAUGAUGAUUUUCCAAACAAACUUAGCUCUGAUCCUGAUGAUAAUUAUGAACAAGAUAACAUUAAUUUAGAUAAAGUUAAGAAUAAAAUCACUAAAAAAGAUGCUACAAAUAACUUAACAAGAGUAGAAAUAGUAGAAAUGAAUUUAGAACCGCAAGAUUUAAUAAUCGAAGGAAAGACUCGAAAACGACCAGUUAGACAGAAAAUUGGAAAGAAAGUGAAAGAAAAAGUUACAGUGAAAAAAAGUAAAGCAAAAGUAAAAAAUACAUCACAAGUUAAAAGUAAAGCAAAAGUUAAAGAUACUCCAGCCGAAGAUAUAGAGAGAGAAGAUGGCACAGUAAAAGUAAGAAAGAGAAAGCCGCAACGAUUCAUUGAAAAGUUAGGGACGGAAGAAGAAAUCAGAGAAUUUGAAAAGAAAUACAAUUUUCAAGUGCAGAAUUUGACAGAAGAGGAAAUGGCGAAAGACAUGGAAGAAAGAAAGAAGUCGGAUAACUACCUUAAUGGAAUGUAUAAGUGUGAUCUAUGUUAUAAAGGAUUCCUGACACAUACUUCUUAUAAUAACCAUUUGAAGUCACAUGAUGUGACGCGCGGCGAACACGAAUGCCAGUUCUGCCACCUGCGUUACCACACGCCGGGCAAGCUGCGAGAUCAUAUGCGAAACGCGCAUCGUCUGAAAUUCCUCUGCGCCGUGUGUAGCAAGUUCAUGGCCGGACUGCAGUGCGCCAUUCUGCACGCCGCGUUCCAUUCGGGCACAACGUUCCAGUGCGCGCACUGCGAUAAACAGUUCCUAAAGAAGACAUCGCGCUCAACGCAUAUGCGCAUAACGCACCCGCUCGAGAACGCGAACAUCGGGACAUGCGAACUGUGCGGAGAGAUAUUCACGAGCCGACAGGGACUUAAAAUGCACAAAACCAGGAGCCAUAGAGAGUCUCUGGACCGCAGCCUGUUCUGCCGCAAGUGCCGCCUGCAGUUCGAGAGCCAGGAGGCUCUGCUGCAACACAAGGAGCAACAGCCCGGGAAGCGGUGCCACAAUAAGAAGAGUGCGUGCCAGCAGUGCGGCGCGCUAUUCAAGACGGAGGAGGGCUUGAUACAACACAAGCACGAGAUACACGGCGUCGAACUCUUCACAUGUGACGCGUGCAACAAAUCGUUCCUGUCAAAAAUGUCACUGUCAGUGCACAUCGACCGCCUUCACCUGAACAUCAAACCCGGCUCAGGACGACAGCAGUACUACGCGCGGCUGCAAAGAAAGAGGGGGGACAAGCCCAAAGGGACUCAGCCUAGGGAAAAGAAAAACGUUUGCGAGGUGUGCGGGAAAUCCUUCACGUGCCUGUCAGUGUUGAAAACGCACCAGUUGGACCACACAGGGGACCGGCCGUUCAAAUGCCCGCAGUGCCCCAAAGCGUACUUGUAUGCCUGGCAGCUAAGGAACCACAGCGACUGCGUGCACCGCCGCAUCCGCAAGUGGCGCUGCUCCGAGUGCCCGAAGACCUUCCUGCACCAGUCCUCCGUGUACGUGCACAAGCUGAUCCACACGGGUAAGCGCACGCACAUGUGCAGUUACUGCGGCAAAGCGUUCCUGCAGUCCGGCUCGCUGUACACGCACGUCAAGUACGUGCACCUCAAGGUCAAGCCUCCCCCGCGCAAACGGAACAAGAAGGAAGCCAAACCGUGCCUGUGAGAACCAACAAAUUACUACCCAAUGUCUACUCGUUAUCAGAACUAUUUAUUUUAAACUACCCUAGUAGCAGUGACGUCAUACGUCAUAAUGACGUCAUUUAUACGUCAUAAUGACGUAACGGACGUCACAAUGACGUAUAAAUGCUACAUGGGUAGCGACCCGCCCCGGCUUCGCACGGGUAGUUCAACUGAUUUACCUUUACAAAUUAUACACAUAAAUCUUCCUCUUGAAUCACUCUAUCUAUUAAAAAAAACCACAUCAAAAUCCGUUGCGUAGUUUUAAAGAUCUAAGCGUACAUAGGGACAGACAUACGAGACAGCGGAAAGCGACUUUGUUUUAUACUAUGUAGUGAAGAGUUGUAAAAUCUAAGCCAUUUUGAUAAUUAAACUAGAUGGCGCUGUACGAUGCCAUGUUGAAUUUCUUUAUUUUUCGCCCAAUCGCGUUUAAAAUCGAUAUCUCAGGAUCCAAGAGGUCACUGUUUACGAAUCUACAAUAAAAAAUUGCUGAAAUAGCAGACAUGAAAAAAUAGUGUGUGCGUGUAAUCGAUUGAAGUAAAACUUCUUUACGUUUAUCGCUAUGUUGGCACUUUGACGUGUGUCACUACUGAGCGUUACUUCCGUCAGAAAAUGUCUGAGUUACCCUCUAGUCGCGCCUAAAGAAGUUUUACUUCAAAAAUGUGCUGUGAUGACUGAGUUGUACAGCGCCAUCUAUAUUAGCUAUCAAACGCAACGCACGAAUUUGUCUCAGCCUUUGCACAUCUUAGGGGGCCCACUGAUUACCACUCCGCCGGACGAUAUCAGCCUGUCAGUUAGAACAAAAAGUUGACAGUUCCAAACAACUGACAGGCCAGAGACUGCAGGCGGACUGGUAAUCAGUCCCUUCGUGCAUAAUAAAUUGUUGAUCAUCAUUAUAUCAGCCUGACGUUCCCUGCUGGACAUACAAGGAUCUCCACAACGACCAAACUGCGAUAGGAAACAGAUCCUCAGUCCAUAUCUUGCUAUUUCCGGUUCCGGAACUAGAAGGGAGUAAAAACAAGUUAACCUUUUGACCAGUAAAUGACUUCAACUGACAACCCAAUAUCAACCUUCGUGCCUUCCAACAAGGUUUAGAAUGACGCGCCGCAUACUAUAGGCGUGGCGUUUACAUGGAUAAUGAGAAAUCCAUACUAAUAUUAUAAAUGCGAAAGUCUGUCUGUGUGUUCCCUCUUCACGCUUAAACCGCUGAAUCGAUUUAGAUGAAAUUUGGCAUAGAGAUAGGUUGAGUCCCUGAGAAGGACAUAGGAUAGUUUUUAUCCCAAAAAUCAUCAUUUAAGAAAGUAAAAAGCGGGGUGGAAUUGAGAUAAUUAACGAAGUGCCUGCUAAUUUGUGUGCAUAAUAUGCCCAAAUUUAGAUUGCUAUGAGAUUUUCUCCAGGCGCAUUCUUACUCUAGCUGCGGUUACUAAGUCCACGCAGACGAAGUCGCGGGCAAAAGCUAGUAUUAUAAAUGCGAAAGUCUGUCUUUCUGUCUGUGUGUUCCCUCUUCACGCUUAAACCGCUGAAUCGAUUUAGAUGAAAUGUGGCAUAGAGAUAAGUUGAGUCCCUGGGAAGGACAUAGGAUAGUUUUUAUCCCAAAAAUCAUCCCUUAAGAAAGUAAAAAGCGGGGUGGAAUUGAAUUAAUGAAGUGCCUGCUAAUUUGUGUGCAUAAUAUGCUCAAAUUGAAUUAUUGCUAUGAGAAUUUUUCCAGGCGCUACUUUAGCUGCUGUUACUAAGUACGCAGACGAAGUCGCGGACAAAAGCUAGUAAUGUAUUAUAAGUAAACUGUUGUAAUGUAUACAAAUUGUUGUAGAUGUAGCUAUUUGUGAGAUUUGGUUUGUAUACCCUCUAAGUGUAU